UUGGUAGAGCGCGCGCGCGCGCGUCUCUUCGCUUUUUAAAAAGCAUUCGAAAUAUGAAUCGGAUUCCGUUAAUCGAUGUUCGAAAUACGAAUUGGAUUUCGGUUGAAUUUUUAAUUGUCAUUUGAAUUUCGGUUUGGAUUUCAAACGUUUUUAUUCACGUGAGAUUUUGAAUCUGUGCCCGUGUUGUGUUUUGUGAUAUGGAUUUUUAUAUAUCGAGAUAGUAUUCGGGCACGAUAAACAAAAAAUAUUGAAGAAAAACUUGGAACGGAUCCAAAAAUAUUUGGACCUAAGGACGAUCCAUUGGGAAAAUGAAAAGGUAUCGUUGGUGAUGAAAUAGUGUACUGGGUUGAUAUAGUGACAUCAAUGUGUUCUUUGGAUGAUCUGGUGAUUUCUGGUGAUUCAGUGCUGGUGAUUCGGACGCCUGAUGGUGAUCAUGGCAAAGGAUAUGAACUUGUGUGUGCUGGUGGUAGUGGUUGUGUUGCAGACUUUGAUUCAUUCCAGUUUGGAGAUCAUAGAUUUACAUGUGAUACAAGUAUGGUCAGCGCCGGGCGGUAUGACGCGGCUGCCGUGCGACCUGGCGGCUCCCGUCAGCGAAGUCGCCUUGAUGUUUUGGUUCAAAGAGGGAGACAGAAUGCCUAUUUACACAGUCGACUUCAGAAACGGCCCACCAGUCCACUGGGCAGUAGCUGGAGAGUUCGGAGCACGAACUCACUUCGUACUCAACGAGUCUGAUCCAUCAUCAGCUCACCUGGUGGUGGAGAAGGUGGCUCGUCAGGAUGAAGGAGUGUACAGGUGUCGGAUAGACUAUGUCGACGCACCUACUAGAAAUUAUAGGGUCAAUUUAACAGUAAUAGUUCCCCCAGAAUCCCCUCGGAUAUACGAUUACGAGGGCACUGAGAUCCUGGGGUCUGUCGCUGGCCCCUUCAGAGAGGGACAGAAUUUGUUGCUGUCUUGUCAGGCCGCUGGAGGUAAACCGCCUCCAGACGUGUCCUGGUACAAAGGAGACGAGAGACUAGCCUACACGAAGGAAGGCUCAGUCUCCCAGCUGCACCUGCCCAACCUAUCCAGAGAGAUGACGGGCACCAAGCUGCAGUGCCGAGUGGAACCUCCACUACUGCAGCCGCAGUCCAGAGAAGUUACUUUAAGAUUAUAUUUAAAACCUCAAUACAUUCGAGUAACGGGCAGCGGGUCCACUAGGGCUGGCAUGGACAAAUCCUUCGUUUGUACGACGCGGGGUUCGAAGCCAGCCCCCAACAUUGAGUGGUUCAUUAACUCUCAACUUGUAGAUUCCACAUUGACACAGGUGGAAGUAGACGGCGAAGUAACGAAGAGUGUGCUGACGUGGCACGUGCGUCGAGAGGACAGCGGCAGGCAGCUGACUUGCCGCGUCUCCAACCCUUGGUUCCCCGCACACACGCUGGAGGAUUCCGUUACCUUGGAUGUCAUGUACCCACCAGUGACUCAAAUAUCCCUGACUGAGCCAAAAGAGCCCCGUCUGCUCCGAGAAGACGAGAAUGCCGAACUCCUCUGCUCAGCGGACGCGUCACCUCCAGCCGUCAACUUCACAUUCUAUAAAGGACCUGAAGUACAUUUAAUUAGAGACGAUCCAAUCGGAGGUCUGUCGAUAGAAAACAACAGGUUAGUCAUCAGAGGACUGAGAAGACAUCACUCCACUGUGUACCGGUGUCGAGCCAGGAACUCUGAAGGCAGUGCAUUGAGUGAUCCCCUCACUUUAAAUGUGUUGUCGCGACCAGAAUGUGCAGCUGGGAACGUAGUCCAACAAUUAGCUGGAGCGCCAGGAGGUGAGGUCAGAGCCCGAUGCUCAGUGUCUGCUCCAGCGAGCCGAGACGCCGGUCCUCUGAGGUUCUACUGGACUUACAAUGGAACCAAAGAUGUGUUGCCGAUACCAGCAGCCAACGUGACGGUGAUGGGGUCCACCAGCACAGUGAUCCAUGGUCUUCACUCCGAGGUGGAUGAGGACUUGGGCUGGCUGGCGUGUUGGGCAAGCAAUGAUGUGGGAAACCAGCGGGAGCCAUGCCUGUUCAGGAUUCUACCAGCUGCGCUCCCUGAACCGCCAAGCAACUGCGAGAUAGAGAACGAGCUGCUCCACUGCGAACCAGGUCAUGAUGGUGGUCUACCUCAGCGGUUCCUUCUAGAAGCUUUGGAGGUACGGCAUCGCGCUGAAACCGCGCGAGAAGACAAUGAGAUCUCCACCAUGAAUGAUCAGGGAAUAUCAGCUUUUGGACUAACCGAAGCUGUGUAUCGUGUGAGAAACGACAAGCCUCAGUUCGCUUUAGAUGCUUUGUCUCCUGGGAAGUAUACAUUGCUGGUUUACGCUGAAACUCCUCGUGGAAGAUCACCAAGACCUGCAGCAUUGCACAGCGUACAGAUCCGAACUGCCGACGACUUGGAUAGACCUGGUUCUCUCCAAACAAUGACACCAGCGCCGCCUCCACAGCCACCAACUACUGACAACAGUGUGGCUCUGCUGGUGGGAGCUGCACUGUCUCUUGUGCUGCUGACUAUCCUCACUACUCUGUGUGUGGCUAUGAUAGUCAUGUGCAAGAAGAAGAGUAGGCCGAGGGAUCCGGAACAGAGCACAAUACUAAGAAGAAAUGUAGGAGUAUCCAUGUACGGUGGUGGAUCUACCAUUUCUUCCAAUGUGAUGCCCACAGUAGUGGUCAGAGGCCACAGAGGCUCCAGGGUCCUGGCUGCGAGGUGGUCCGGAGUGCUUGAUGAUGCUCCACUUGCUGUACUGGCUCUGGAUACAAGGCCUCAUGGUGACUCAGAUUCAAGUCGAAGCGAAGACGAUAUACAAGAGACUGAACUGACGAGAAACGAAUUAGAAACACGCACUUAAUGUAUUGUAUAACUGUAUAUAUAAGUUAUAUAAAAAUUAUACAACAUGUAUAAUAAAAAAAAGAACAAGAAAGUAGUGUUUGUGAUUAGAAAUGAUAAUAAAACAAUGUAUUGUAUUUAUUUUUAUAAUGGCAUAGAGUGAGGAGUUUCGAUAUUAUAAUUUAAUUAUAUUAAAUAAGCUACGGAUAUCUACAAAAAUAAAUGCUUUAAAAUUUUUUAAUUCAAAUGAAAUAAAUGUAUCGUAUACUGUUAAUAUCGAGCUUCAGCAUUUUUAAACAGAUACAAAAAAAUUGACAAAUAAAUUAUACAAUUAUACAAGUCUUGUCAUAGCAGACAGUCAUAGAUUUAUUUGUUUCACUUUUAUGUAUAAACCUAUAGUUAUUGUAUCGCAUUAUAUGAAAUAAACUUAUUUCAUAAAAGGGAACUGUAGCGAUAAGACAUGCGUUACCGGAAUAAUGACCAAGAUAUCGCACAUUAUGAUAAAUCGUGGAAGAUUUAUUAUUCCGAGUGAAUUUACUGCAUCAUGCACUCUGAGGACUCACGUAUGGCGAUUUUUCAUGAGCUCACUGCUGGCUAUUAUGGAUAUAUUUUAAAGAAAAAUUACUACAGUCGGAUUUAAAUCCACUGGAACUAGCCACUUCAUUCUCGAAAGAUUUUAUAACGUUGUUAACUUAUAUUAUUACAUUUAUGGAAUUUUAUUACAUUUUAUUAUUCAAUUGAUAUAAAAGUAUAAGUUAUAUAAAUAGUUUUCUUAUGUGAAGACUUACUCCAGUAUCUUACUCGGCACAACGGCUUCCGAAAAAGAAAAGAAUUUCAGCAAUAUACUCUAUAAAUGACUCCAACAUGAAAUAUAGCCAUAAAUCCCUACAAUAUCACUUUAUAUCUUGCUUUGCCGAGCCUGACGCAGGCUUUUAGAGCCAAAAAGUACCAUAAAUUGUAGGCACUCUACACUGUUUCGCUGUACAAUAAGAUUAUUACGUAUGGAAAGCACGAUCAUUCUCCCAAGUAGGUACUUACUAAGACGACAGCUGAUCAUCUAUGUUACAACCCCGUCAUAAUAUAUCUAACUAAAAUCACAAUACGUGAGCUCAUAAUAGAAUAUGAUACGUUAUAAUAUUUCUAGCAUAAUAAAUCGCACACAUUUAUCAAGUUGAACAAUGCCUUAGAAAGCGUAAUAUAAUUUUUGUCUCUUAUUGAAUUUCAUAAGAAAAAGCAUCUACAUAUCUAUAUAACAACAUAAAAUGUCACCGAAUAUAACAAUUUGAAUUUUUAUUAUUCAAAAUGAUAUAUUUUAUCGCAUACAGAUUAAGAUUUAUGACAAUUUUGAGUUUAGAAUUUGAAAAGGAGAUUAGGUAUUAUAAAAACAUUUUUAGAAAUCACAUUUUGAUAUUUAUUUAUGUUGUAUAAAUUACAUUUUUAUAAGAAGAUAUAUAAAUUGUAUAAAUGUGUUGUAUG